AUGGGUUGCAGUGCAUCCUUAAACGCAACAAAUCCACGAUUGCCUCACUCUUCAAUAAAUAACAAUUCCAAUAUUUCAUUACGACGUGUCAUAAAUCUUGAUAAGCCGCCUCUCGAAAGUUCUCCUAGGUCGCCAAUUUGUGAUAAUGUCAAAGAAACUCACAUCCCUGGCUCCUCUAAGCGCAGCAUAAAUCUACCAAACUCUCGAACCCCUCAAAGGCUUUUCCCAGUGUUUUCUUCGUCUGAGUCAAUUACAGGAUAUAAUUUCAGCACCGGAAAAGUGCAAGAAGAAAAAUGUGGAAUAAAAGAUCGACUGGAUGUAGAUAUAAAUGAAGAGGAUAACAGUGAUAAUGAUUAUAGCGAGCUGCUAACUCCCCCCCCCUCCGUGAGUGAACAAAACCAUUAGAAAAAUCCCUAUUUUUGCCCAAAAACCCACCCUCCGUGAGUGAACAAAAAUUUUUUUAAUAGAAAAAUAUUUUAUGGAAAAAAUUUUGAUAUAUAAAUGAUAAUUAGUAUAAUGAAAUCUAGAGCUAAUUCUGUUUAAUUUUGAACGAAUUGCAUUUUAAAACAUAAAUUUUAUAAAUUAAAUUUAUAUUUGCUUUCCAAUUUUUGCAAAUUAGGAUUUUUUUUAAAUUUUUUAAAAAAAAAAAAUUUAAUCCCCCUCCGUGAGUGAACAAAAUUUUUUUGUUCACUCACGGAGGGGGGGGGAGUAAGUAAAUAAUUGUGAGUUUUACCAUGAAGAUAUAUUACAUGAGUUUCUGGAGAUUGAUGAGGUGGAGGUGACAGCAGUGGAUUAA